ACAAUUUUGGGAUCAGUGGGGAGAAUAAAAGUCUGAAGUUGGAGAAGAGACAGUUUAGUCUGUGCUUAGAUUUCCUCAGCCUGAGAAAUACUUUUGUGUCUUGAGACCUCUUCUAUGUUAAAAGAUGACACUGUGGCAACAGCUGCAGCUGCUGGACUCUUGGUAUUUAGAGCAAGUGGACCAGCUUUAUAAUGACUCUUUCCCUAUGGAAAUUCGUCAGUAUCUCAGUCAAUGGAUUGAGGGUCAUGACUGGGAAUCGGUUGCAAGUAAUGUGUCCUUGGCAACCCUGCGCUUCCAUGAGCUCCUAAAUGAACUAGAUGAGCACUACAGUCGUUUCAGCCUGGGAAACAACUUCCUGUUGCAACAUAAUAUACGCAAAAUCAAGCGCAGCGUACAGGAGCACUUCCAGAAAGAUCCUGUUCACAUGGCUAUGAUCAUAUCCAACACUCUGAACAAAGAGAGAAAAAUUCUGGAAACUGCAGUUAAUACUCAAGGUCAAUCUAACUCCUCACAGGGGGGUAUUACGAUGGAACAACACAGUGAGUUGGACAAUAAAGUCAACAAUUUUAAGAAGAGCGUGCAGGAAACAGAACAGGACAUUCAGGUUCUGGAGGAUGUGCAAGAUGAGUAUGACUUCAAGAGAAAGACCUUGCAGAGUCGACUGGAAGCUGAAAUGAAUGCCAAGAUAACUAAAGAGAUCCAGCAGGAGGAAAUGGUUAUUAGACAAUUGUUUAUUGGGCUGAAAAUAAAAAGAGAGGUGGUGAUAAAAGAAAUAGCUAAUGUACUGACUCUAGCAGAGCAGAUCCAGCACACACUCAUAUCAGAUGAAGUACCUAAGUGGAAACAACGGCAACAAAUGGCUUUAAUUGGAGGACCGCCCAACGCUUGCCUGGACAAACUGCAGAGCUGGUUCACUGUGGUGGCAGAAUGUUUGCAGCAGAUCCGUCAGCAGCUGAAGAAAUUGCAAGAACUGGUGCAGAAAUUCACCUACGACAAUGACCCCCUCACUCUUGGCAAGAGCCAGCUGGAUGAACAGGCCCUUUCACUCUUCAAAAACCUCAUAUUAAAUUCCCUUGUGGUGGAGAGACAGCCAUGCAUGCCCACACACCCACAGAGACCCUUGGUAAUAAAAACGGGUGUGCAAUUUACAGUUAAGAUCAGAUCACUAGUCAAACUGUCUGAAUUGAACUGUCAACUCAAAGUAAAAGUCUCCAUUGACAAAGAUUUAACAGAGAGGAACACAUUGAAAGGAACCAGGAUAUUCAACAUUUUAGGGACGGCUUUUAAAAUUAUGAACUUAGAGGAAUCCAGUGGAUGCCUAGCAGCAGAAUUCCGUCAUCUGCAAUUAAAAGAGAAGAAAAUUAGCAAAAGAACCAAUGAGACUCCCCAUAUAAUUUCUGAAGAGCUGCAUUUAAUUAGCUUUGAAACUCAGUUUGUUCAGCCAGAACUAUCUAUUGAUUUAUCGAUCACAUCACUGCCUAUUGUGGUGAUCUCCCAUGUGAAUCAAUUAUCUACUGCUUGGGCCUCCAUCCUGUGGUACAACAUGCUUUGCAGUGAACCCCAAUCUCAGAAUCUGGCAUUCUUCUUGAAUCCACCACCAGUGAAAUGGGGGCUGCUAUCAAAGGUGAUCAGUUGGCAAUUUUCUUCUGUCACCAAACGAGUGCUGAACUCUGAGCAGCUCAGAAUGCUGGCCGACAAACUUCUUGGUUGUGAAGCCCAAAGUGACCCUGAGGGACUCAUCUUUUGGAAUACAUUUUGCAAGAUGUCUGCUAAUGUGAGGGGUGUACCAUUCUGGCAGUGGAUAGAUGGUAUUUUGGACCUUAUUAAAAGACACUUGCUCAACAUCUGGAAUGAUGGGUACAUUAUGGGUUUUUUGAGUAAAGAGAGAGAGAAGGCUUUGCUAAGAGACAAACUCCCAGGCACUUUCCUUCUGCGCUUCAGUGAAACCUGUCGAGAUGGAGGAAUCACCAUCACAUGGGUGGAGCAUUCACAGGAUGGUAAACCUAAGAUGCAUUCGGUGAAGCCCUACACUAGGUCAGAUCUGGUGACCAUUUCUUUACCGAACAUCAUCCGUGACUAUCACCUCACCUCUACAGAGAAGGUUCCAGUGAACCCCCUCAUCUACCUUUAUCCAGACAUCCCAAGGGACGUCGCCUUUGGUCGUUACUAUACUAGCCCCUCUGAUGAUUCAGAAGAGAUGGAGAUAGACAGACCAAUACACAGCCCCCAUACUCUUGACCAGUAUAUGGGCAGACGCAUGAUUCCUGUGUCAGAAGUACUCACAAGGCGGUACUAAAACACAUCAAGGACACAGGUUGGACACACUUGUUCAGUUCCCUUUUUGCCAUAUUAGGAUUUCAGCAAUAUUCUCCACCUUUCAGAGGAGGAUCCAAAAUUCUCACUGUUAAAGCAGAGAAGACAUUUCCUGUUAAAACGAUUUAAUCCUAUACUAUCUUUGUCGUUUACAUUAAAAUGUGAAAAUAUGGUUAAAACAAACAUGCAUGUUGUCACUGAGAGUGAAUUUUAAUAAUUAUUAUUUUCGUGAAUUUGUGUGCUGCAAUAGUGGAUCCAUACUAAAACUCUGAAAUUCUGCUUCUGUGAAGUCAUUUAUUUGGAAAAAGAAGGUUAUCCAUCUUGUGAAGCAUUUAUUUAUAAUUGCACAUCUAAAUAUAUUUAUAAUGUAUACCACUGCCUUAAUUGCUCAUGUUCACACCACUGGACCACAAAGCAAGAUACAUUCUAAUAGAAAUAAUUUUGCAAUAAACCUCAACCUGCAUUUUACAGUCAGAUAUACCAUUUCAAAUCCAAAUGUGUAUCUAUUCUUUACUAUUGGACAAUGUUAUAUAAUGUGCAGUUCCAAUAAAGACUAUUCAAUGUUUGUA